AUGCCUCCAAGUCAGGGUUACGGAGCUCAGAUGACUCAUUCCAUUGAUUCCUUCAUCACCGACUCUGCCAACUCUGCUUCUGCUCUUUUCUCGGGCAAGAAAAUGACCGACUCGACCGGGAAGCCUUACGGUGACCCCAAAGUUGAAACCAUUUUUGAGAUGUUCCGAAGACAAACGGGAGUCCAAGUGGGCAUCGUUUCCAAAGCCUACAUUGCUGAUACAACUCCCGCUGCUGUUGUUACACACACUUCCCAGCGAUCUCAAUACACUUCCAUCAUCGAACAGUACCUCAACGGUGUUUCCGGCAACUAUUCUUGCGGCGGUGGUGAAAACUUCCUCCCUGGUCCAGGUAACGGCAACGUCUCCCAGUUCGAGCGAUGGGCUUCCCACGGCUACCAGGUGGGCUACAACAAGACGGCCCUCGAGGCUUUUGACAACGCCCAACGUGCUCUUGCCAUCUUCACCCAGGGCAACAUCUCUACGUGGCUUGAUCAGAACGUGUACACCGAUCUUUUGGACUUGGCUGUUACGCCUCAAGGCGAGUGCGGCGCCCACGAUCAACCCGGCCUCAAAGACAUGACUCUCAAAGCUAUAGACAUUCUUCACACCCGAUCCAAAGAGAGAGACAUCGGCUUCAUGCUCAUGUCUGAAGCUGCCCUCGUCGACAAAGAAAUGCAUGUCCUCGACAUUGACCGAGCUCUGGGUGAGGUUCUGGAGCUCGACGAUACUGUCCGAGCUGUUCUUGAGCACCUCGAAUCUACCUCCCUUCCCCCAAAGAUGGACUACCUCACUAUCCUGACCUCUUGCUACAUCACCCUCUUCACCUCUCCACCCUCCCACCGCUCCCCGUUCUCCUCUCCAUGCUCCUCUCCCACCUCCUCGUCUAUGUUAAGCAGCAUCUUGCCUCCCAAGCCCAUCUCGGUCCCCGUCUCGUCGAUUCUGUACGGCGAUAAUGAGACAGCGUGGUUCCUCAUGCGGCACGUUCUUGCGCCCCCUUUGCCCAACCCCUUCUCCCCUCUGGCUAACACUGGCAGCGGGUCAGGGGGUCGCGGAGACAACAAGAGAAUGGAGGAAGAGGCUGAGGUGAUGGUGUGGCGAGAGAUUGACCGGGCCAAGAUGUGCAUCCGAGCGAUUGGCGGGUGGUUUGGCGCGAACGGGGGAAGGAUCGGGCUGAAGGAGCUCGCCAUGCUGGGAGAGAAGUUUGGGGUUGAGGUAGUGGUCAAAGAGUCAGGAUUGAUCCAGAGGGACAGAGGCCAGACCAUCACUGCACAUUCCCACAGUCAUGGAAUUCGAGAUGACACUACGGUCAUGGUCUGA